CAUCGUGAAACCCACACUUGAAAUUUUUGGAUCCACAACUUCAGCGAAGAGAAGGAAAUUGUUGACCCUCAGUAAAUGCAAUCCCUCUCCCAGAGCUAGAUUGGUUCCAAAUAAAUUUAUUUGUGGAAAAUAAAAAAUCUUUGAUCUGGGCGGCGAUUUGGAAGAAGAUUCUAGCCGUGCGUUGUCGAUUUGGAAGCAGCUUUAUGUGUGCUGCUGCUGUCUCUCUUUGUUUGUUCAAUAAUGGCUUUUCUACGUUCACUUCAAGUAGAAGAAAUGGCUAUGACCUCGAAAUCCCGCAAGUUACAUAAGAGAAAAAGAGAUGGAAGAGGAGCUAUUAAUGCAAAGACGUGAAGAGGAGGGUAGAGGUAAAGAAAGACGAAAGGCUCUCUUGGAGAAGGAAGAACGUAAAUGGAAGGAGAUAGAAGCUUCUCUCAUAUCCUCUAUUCCUAAUGCCGGAAGCAGGGAAGCAGCAGCCAUGGCAGCUGCUGUUCGUGCAGUAGGAGGUGAUUCUGUUCUUGAUGUUUCUAGCAUUGCUCGCAGGAUAUGUUCAACUCAGUUAGCUCAUCAAGCCCUUCAAGUGUGUGCUUUUGUUCUUACAUGGACUAUGUGACAAUUGGAAGAUGUUUCGGCUAGACAAGCAAAGGAUAAUUGGCCUUCUGUGAUGUUUGCAAUGGCAGGAGGGGUGGUACUUAGCCUUGGAAAUCUCUCAACUCAGUAUGCUUGGGCUUUUGUUGGCUUAUCAGUCACAGAAGUGAUCACUGUAAGCAUAACAGUUGUUAUAGGAACAACCUCGAAUUACUUUUUAGACAAUAGAAUUAAUAGAGCCGAGAUCCUUUUCCCUGGUGUUGGCUGCUUCUUGGUUGCAGUUUGCCUUGCUUCUACUGUCCACUCAUCUAAUGCAGCUGAUAAUAAAGAAAAGCUUGAAGGUUUUUCAUCUAAAGAGGGGUGUUUGGGAAAAGCACUCUCAUUGGACUGUCCAUAUGUUUCUUUGCUGGUGUAUGCUUUUCUCUAUUCUGACCAGUAUUCAACUUGGCAACAAAUGAUCAAUGUCAUACAUUGAAAGAUGGGGUUCCUCACUUGGUUGUCUACACUGCAUUCUUUUACUUCUCAGUAUCUUGUUUUGUCCUUGCUAUAAUCCUCACAUCACAUUCCUUUACUACCCUGUGCUG